GAGCGAUUGUUAUCAUAAGGCAAAAAGUGGACUUGAUUUUAUUUUACGGUUUUCUAUAAGUGGAUUUUGCAAGAGCAAGUCCUUCACUUAGCUGCCUCCAUUUAAUCCUAACCUCUUUUUUUAACCUAAAAAAAAGUAAAAAAUGGUCUUUACAACAGCAGUAAAUUUUGUACGAAGUCGUGGCCCUGACGAAUUCUGGCGUAAACGCAAAGUCUUCAAACUAGCUGCCGCCUAUAUCGGUCGAAGUCGUAAUUGUUACAGUAUUGCUAUUCGUAGCGUCCAUCGGGCAUUAGUUUACGCAACCAAAGGUAGAAAACUAAAAAAAGAGGACUUCUCCAAUUUGUGGGACACUAGAAUCACCGCAGGCUGUGAGCAACAUGAUAUUAAUUACCACGUUUUUAAAGAGAGUUUGGCGAGAAAUAAUAUACUUUUGAACAGAAACACUUUGGCUACUUUAGCUUGUUGGGAGCCCUUCACCUUCAAGGCUUUAACCGACAUUGCACACAAAAGGGCCUCAGAGGAUGGAAUUACACCCCCAAAGGAAAACAAGGUUCUGUACAUUCCGAAACGGGGCUCACAAAGCAAAAAUUAAUUGUGUUUUAUAAAAUUAGUUGUAUAGUAUAGAUGAAAUAAUAAAAAAACUCGAACUUU